UUCAAUAAUUCAUCGCCCACGCUGACUCAUCACCCCCGUGGGGCCCACUUCUCCUCCCACACACACACUAUCCCUUCCUUCUCUAUAUAUAACUGAUUCCCUUCUCAGACUGCAAUCAUCUUCAAUUCAAUUCAAUUCAAUUCAAAAUCACACUCACACCACAAUCAAUCAAUCAAUAUAUCUAUACAGUUAGUUAACAAAUCGUAUUUUUUUUCCUCUGAAAUUAACCAUGGCUUCCACAUCAUUUGCGCUCCCGAAUCAAUUCACCGGCCGGAGAUUCCCGGCCGCGCCGCCGCAGAUGUCGCAGAAUCUCCGCCAGACGAUGCGCGUCUCCGCCCGCUACGCCACCGCCGAGAGGACCUCCUCCUCCUCCUCCGCCUCCGCCGCCGCCGGAGAAUCCGGAAAUUCGUCCUCGCACACGGCGUCGUUCUACGACGUGCUAGGGAUUCAGGCCGGCGCCACCAGCCAGGAGAUCAAGUCCGCCUACAGAAAUUUGGCACGGACGGUCCACCCGGACGUGGCGCCGAACUCGGCGGACGAGUUCAUGAGAGUCCACGCGGCGUACGCCACUCUCUCCGACCCGGAGCAGCGCGCGGUGUACGAUAGCUCGCUCUUCCGGAUGCGGCGGAGGACGACGGUGGUCUCGAUGGGCGGCGGCGGCGGAUAUUCCGAGAUGAGCCGGGGAAGGAGGUGGGAGACCGAUCAAUGCUGGUAGUGAAUAAAUCUAGGGAUUUUCCCAAUUUCGGAAUAUUCGGAUUUGGGGGAAACUGUGUACAGAUGUUUAACGCCCACAAAGAUUCUGAAUGUCUCGUCAUUAUUUAAUUGUAGACGAAAUCUUUGUGUAAAAAUAGAAAAAAAAAAUGAGUAGAAUUUGUAUAUAUAUAUAUUUGCAUUUUGCUCUGUUUAUUUCAUAAUUUGAUUAUCGACCAUCAAAAUUGAAAACAAAUGUUUUGAGUCAUAUGAAA